AUCUGCAGAAGAGCCUGGCCUUUCUCUCCAGUGGCUCAUUUUUAACUUUCCACUGUCUCUGCCCCUCCCCGCCCCGCCACCCACCCCUCUGGGGCUUUGCAGAUGCAGAGGCCGUGAAGAAGGCAGCCUUGGAAAAGAAGGAGGAGGAGCUGGUGAGCGAGCGCACAGAAGCCUUCACUAUUGCUCGCAACCUCCUGACAGCGGCUGCAGAUGCCAUUGAGCGAAUCAUGUCGUCGUACAAGGAGGUGACGGAGCUUGCUGGCUACACAGCCCGGGUGCACGAGAUGUUCCAGGUGUUUGAAGAUGUUCAGCGCUGUCACUUCAAGAGGCCCAGGGAGCUGGAGGAUGCUCAGGCGGGGUCUGGGACCAUAGGCCGGUCAGGUGUCCACAUGGAGGGCCCCCUGAAGAUCCGAGGCCAGGUGGUGGAUGUGGAGCAGGGGAUCAUCUGCGAGAACAUCCCCAUCAUCACGCCCUCAGGAGAGGUGGUGGUGGCCAGCCUCAACAUCAGGGUGGAGGAAGGCAUGCAUCUGCUCAUCACGGGCCCCAACGGCUGCGGCAAGAGCUCCCUGUUCCGGAUCCUGGGUGGGCUCUGGCCCACGUACGGCGGUGUGCUCUACAAGCCCCCACCCCAGCGCAUGUUCUACAUCCCGCAGAGGCCCUAUAUGUCUGUGGGCUCCCUGCGUGACCAGGUGAUCUACCCGGACUCAGCGGAGGACAUGCGAAGGAAGGGCUACUCAGAGCAGGACCUGGAAGCCAUCCUGGACAUCGUGCAUCUGCACCACAUCCUGCAGCGGGAGGGAGGUUGGGAGGCUAUGUGUGACUGGAAGGACGUCCUGUCGGGUGGCGAGAAGCAAAGAAUCGGCAUGGCCCGCAUGUUCUACCACAGGCCCAAGUAUGCCCUCCUGGACGAAUGCACCAGUGCCGUGAGCAUCGAUGUGGAAGGCAAGAUCUUCCAGGCAGCCAAGGACGCGGGCAUCGCCCUGCUCUCCAUCACCCACCGGCCCUCCCUGUGGAAGUACCACACACACUUGCUACAGUUCGAUGGGGAGGGCGGCUGGAAGUUCGAGAAGCUGGACUCGGCUGCUCGCCUGAGCCUGACGGAGGAGAAGCAGCGGCUGGAGCAGCAGCUGGCAGGCAUUCCCAAGAUGCAGCGGCGCCUCCAAGAGCUCUGCCAGAUCCUGGGCGAGGCCAUGGCCCCAGCACAGGUGCCAGCACCUAGCCCACAAGACACUGGCGGCCUCCAGGGUGCCUCCACCUGACUCGGCCCUCCCCGGCCCCCGCCCCACCCCCCAGCUCAGAUCACAUGAAGGAGACAGCAGCACCCACCUGCGCAUGCACCCUGCCCCUGCAUGCCUGGCCCCUCCUAGAAGACCCUUCCCGCCCUUGGGAAAGUAGAUAUGGAGGGUGACGCCCUGCAUAACCCCCGCCCUGUCCCUCCCACUCCCUGGGGGGGCUGUUCCACAGUGACUGGGCCCUGUCCAGGGCAGUGAGUCCUCUACUUUGCUCCGCGGAGGAAGCUGGGGCACAGGGGGCCCAGUGCUGGCCACAGCAGCGCAGCCGAGCCCCAGGAGCCACUCAGGCCACAGCCCCUGGUGCUGCAGGUGGCCCCCCUCCAGAGACUCGAGUCCCCAUGAUUCCCUCCUCGUCAGUCUCUCAAAGACCCCAUGAUCCAGCCCCUGAGGGUGGCCAGCCAAGGCUCCUGUCCCAUGGGAUGCCAUAAAAGCCACCCAGUGGGACCCAUGGUCACACAGAGCCCCUCACCUGCAUCCUCUCCCCCUGAAGAGCCCACGGGAGAGGGACGCACAGCACUGCCUGCCGAGCGAGAAUGUAGCCCUAGCCCCCUCGGCCCCUCACCUCUUCUUUCUACAGCCUAAUUUAUUGGAUUCCCUAUUCAUAGCCAUCUC